AUGAAAUUUACUGCCAUAAUUGAUUUGAUUGAAACUAUACGACAUCUCUCUCAGGCCCAGACCAUCUUCUGCGAUGGGACAUUUGACAUGUGUCCACAACUCUUCAGUCAGAUCUACACCAUACAUGCAUUUGUUGAAGACAAGAUGUUCCCCCUUGUGUACGCCCUAUUACCAGACAAAAAACAACAAACAAACACAAGCUUCUUCACUGUACUGGGCGAGAAGACGACCGAGAUGACUGUCCUGCUACUGAUGCCUGAAACAAUAUUCACAGACUUUGAAUCAUCCACCCAGAAUGCCCUAAGAACUGUGUUCCCAACUUCCGAACUGAAGGGCUGUUAUUUCCUCUUUGGACAGUGUAUUUGGCGAAAUGUGCAGAAGUUGGGUCUCCAGACUACAUAUUCAAGAGAUCGGAAUGUUUAUCGUUUCGUGAGGCGAGCUGUUUCCCUUCCACUUGUUCCAGUCCAGCAUAUUGAAGAUGUGUGUCUGAGUGCCCUUGAAGACGCCCCUCUGGAGGAUGACCGAGUCCUGAAGUUUGCAGAUUACGUCACCGACUACUGGGUAGAAGGUAACCAGGGUCGCCAUAUGUGGAACCACCACAACACAGUUGGACCUGGAACGACAAAUCACGUGGAGGGGUGGCACAGCAAGAUUGCGAAGGUAUUGGGUGCGCCUCAUCCAAAUAUUUUCAAGAUUUUAUCAUUUUUCAAAGCCGAACAAGCGUACAGCGAGUCGACCAUCCAUCAGCUAGAGUCUGGUUGGAAAAUUCGUCCAAGAAAGCGAAAGUACAGACAACUUGAUGACAGACUGCGGAUAGAGAAGCACGACCUGCAGAAUGGCACCAAGACCAUUCAACAGUUUGCUGAUUCUGUGCAUAUCAUGAAAUUAAGGAAAUAA